AUCAUCCCGGACUAGAAAUCACUGAUUUCCGUAAAAAAGGAUAUUUAUUUAAAAGUAGUAAUAAGUAAUUUAUUUAAUAUUUAAUAACAAUAAUAAUCACAAUAACUUAAUAAACAUGACAUUAACAAAUAUCGUAUGUCGUACAUGUUUUACUGCCAGUGGAGGUUUAAAUCCUCUAACAAAGAUGUGCUAUUUUAAUAAAAAAGAAACAAAAUCCUAUGCUGAACUUCUAGAGGAAGUCACAAACAUUAAUAUCAAAGAACAAACACAUCGAGAUCUCCCUCAAUCAAUAUGCGAUAAAUGUAUACGUAGUCUAAGAACUGCCCAUAAAUUUAUACAACAAGUGAAAGAAGUCCAUGAAAAACUAAAUUUUAUGCUAAAUGAGAAAUUGUCUAGCAUACAGAAAAUCCAAAACCCUAAAGGAGAAAAGAUGGAAAUUAAAGUUGAAAAUAGUGCUCUGGAAGCAGAGGGUAAAAUGGAUUGUCUACAGGAAACACAAAUCGAUUUAGAAACGUUUUUAGAAAUAAAAAUUGAAAGCAAACAAAUAGAAAAGGAAAUGGACUCAUUGGAUCGUUUAAAUGAAACUAUAGAAAUUAAAGAUGAAAAUAGGGGAAAAAGAGAUAAUUUGCAAAACAAGAGUUCUAUGAUCGAUAAGGCACAAGCUGUAUUCAAUAAUGAGACAAAUGAUUCUGAAUCUGUAGACACAAAUAUUACAGAUUCGGAUUCAGACUGGCAGGAAAGAGAAAAUGAAUCGGAGAGGAAAGUACUUAAACAGAAAAGGCUAUCAGCAGACAAAAAGGACAUUAAUGUUGCAACUAAAUCAAAUAAUAACAAUAAAGAUGCAAAUGAAACUAACAAAAUUUUAACAAAAACGAAAACCUUAAGCAAAGUGAAUAAAUGCUUCAAUGAAGAAAUUGUCGAAUCGGCCAUACCCUGCAGUGUUUGUAAUAAAAUAUUUCAAAAUUCUAAAGCCUUAGAAAGUCAUCUAAAAAUUAGUCAUAUACCAGAAGAUAAGAAAUGUUCAUGCCCCUUAUGUGGCAACAAAUAUGUAAAAUAUAGCAAUAUGUAUGCUCACAUGCGUGCGGCACAUGGGCAAGAUUCUGUUAUUUAUAUGAAUAAACCCGAAAGACCAGAAAGUGAUUAUAUCUACAAAUGUGAUAAAUGCCCCAAAAAGUAUUGCCAGAAAAAAAGUCUGGUCAAACAUAAACAAUCAAAACAUUCUCCGCGUGCAAUAGAAACAAAAAAGAAGAAACCACCUGCUGUAAAUCCGGGUUCAUUAUGUCCCAUUUGUGGCAAAGUUUUUUUCUUCCCGUAAUCAUUUAACGGCUCACGUAAGGCAACACACUGGUGAACGACCUUUUAAAUGUGAUUUUUGUGAGCGUAGUUUUUUAGUUGUUACCGAACUUAACCGACAUCGACGUCAACAUACCGGUGAUAAACCGCAUAAAUGUGAAAA